AUUGACGAUAUACUUUCAUUUGUAGUUCCAUACUCGUUCCAGUGCUUUCGCCCACGUGUCCUAUCACUUGCAGCUGUUGUUGCCCCGUAGAGGUUACAUUUGGGCAGUUGUGUAAAAAGGGUUACAACAUCGUAAAAUGUUAAUUCUGCCGGUGCGAUUGGCUUUAUUUGUCGUGUAUUUGGUUAGUGCCACCGGUGGAAGCCAUGUAGUGUCGGUGACACAAUUUCAAACUUCAUCAUGUGCCGACCGCCAAGCGCCCGGUAUAAUUUGUGCCAACUGCAACACGGUGGCCGUUUGCGUUAAGAUAGGCUCGGUGUGGGAACCGUCUCUGGUCGAAGCGUGCAACGCGGACGAGGGGCUGUACUGUAACGAGUUCGAGGGAGGAUGCUCUACCAGCAUUGGGUCGUGCAAUCCGACCGGGGGAGGUGGCUUUGAGUGUAACACGCCCGGCGUGUUUCCGGAUCCGUUCAACUGUCGGCAGUACCACAUGUGCUUCCUAAACGGCAACAAUCCAGUGGCGAUCAAUAUGGACUGUGGAGGGGCGGCCUUUUCACCAGCAAGUGGCGAUUGCUCCCUACCGUUGAACGAUACCGUCUGCCUAACGCCACAAUUCAACUGCAGCUUCGUGGGACAAAUGGCGGCCUGGCCGGGAAAUAACAACAUCUACUACAUCUGUGCAGCGGAAACGGUACAGGGAAAUCGUCUACUGCGCCCACGGUUGUACCGCUGCCCGGCCAAUCAAAUGUUCGUCGAAGGACAGUGUGUGCAGCGUGACUGGUCCAACAUGCCACCCGGUACGAUAGUUCCUUACGAAUGCGUACGCCCGGGGUUGUUUGCUGAUCCUGCCCACUGUCGGUACUACUACAGCUGUAACGCGGAGCUGGUCGCAACGCAUCUACAAUGCCCAGAAGGAACUUUCUUCAAUGAGAAUACCCUCUCGUGUGUGUUGGGAGUAUGCUAGUAGGAAAUGUUUAGUUGCCGUUUACUUCAUGUUGCAAUAAACAAUCACUUGCGAAUCGA